GGCCGGGAGGGGCUGCCCCAGGCCCCGCGCCUACCCCAUCACCGCGGCCGGUGCCGGGCCGGGAGGAUGCGCGGUGUGGGGCUCUGAAGCAUGGAGGGGGUUUUGUACAAGUGGACCAAUUAUCUCACAGGUUGGCAGCCUCGUUGGUUUGUUUUAGAUAACGGAAUCUUAUCCUACUAUGAUUCACAAGAUGAUGUUUGCAAAGGGAGCAAAGGAAGCAUAAAGAUGGCAGUUUGUGAAAUUAAAGUUCAUUCAGCAGACAACACAAGAAUGGAAUUAAUCAUUCCUGGAGAGCAGCAUUUCUACAUGAAGGCAGUGAAUGCAGCUGAAAGACAGAGGUGGCUGGUUGCUCUGGGGAGCUCCAAAGCAUGUUUGACUGAUACAAGGACUAAAAAAGAAAAAGAAAUAAGUGAAACCAGUGAAUCGCUGAAAACCAAAAUGUCUGAACUUCGCCUCUACUGUGACCUCUUAAUGCAGCAAGUUCAUACGAUACAGGAAUUUGUUCACCAUGACGAGAAUCAUUCAUCUCCUAGUGCAGAGAACAUGAAUGAAGCCUCUUCUCUGCUUAGUGCCACAUGUAACACGUUCAUCACGACGCUUGAGGAAUGUGUGAAGAUAGCCAAUGCCAAGUUUAAACCUGAGAUGUUUCAACUGCAUCAUCCGGAUCCCUUAGUUUCUCCUGUGUCACCUUCUCCUGUUCAAAUGAUGAAGCGUUCUGUCAGCCACCCUGGUUCUUGCAGUUCAGAGAGGAGUAGCCACUCUAUAAAAGAACCAGUAUCUACACUUCACCGACUCUCCCAGCGACGCCGAAGAACCUACUCAGUUACAGAUUCUUGUAGUGAUAUUCCUCUUGAAGACCCAGAUAGACCUGUUCACUGUUCAAAAAAUACACUUAAUGGAGAUUUGGCAUCAGCAACCAUUCCUGAAGAAAGCAGACUUAUGGCCAAAAAACAAUCUGAAUCGGAAGAUACUCUUCCAUCCUUCUGUUCCUGAAGAAACAAGUGUCCAACUUCCUCUAAGUAUUGCUAUGCAAAAGCUGCUGUAAUUAAACUAUUGUUAUAGGGAGUAGUUUUUUCCCUUAGGACUCUGCACUUUAUAGAAUAUUGUAAAACAGACAAACAAGAAAACAAACCACAUACUUUUGAAGUGUAUUUUAUCUUUAUAUAGUUUGUUUGCAAGAGUAUUUUCCUAAUAACUUCACAGUGUAAAUGUGCAUCUUUUUUUUUUUUUUUGAACAAAUGAUGGUGUAACAUUUUGACAUCCAUAAGGACAAAUGUAGAUAUUUUUCUAAAAAACUGUGAGGGGACUGACAGCUUGGUUAGGAUGUAUUGCAGCUUAUAAACAUGAAAUCUUGUAAGGUUUCAGUUUGACAGAAGUGUGAUAUAUGUAACUUGUGCCAUGGACCAAAUGGUCACUUUACCACAGCUAAAAAUGAGUUACGAUAGCAGCUUGAUGGUGAUUGUAUUGUAUUCCUUUAAUCAAAAAGGAAACACAAUAUUCUAAGUAUCUUUAGCCCAAAUACCAUGACGUAUUGAGCAUCUUUAAAUAACCAGACUGUAUUGUCCUUCAUAUGUGAAGUUGACACUACUGAUUUGUCAAUACCAAAUUUUGGGUUAAAGUGUUUAAUUUUUAUUUAUUUAUUUUCUUGUUGCCUCAAAAGAUGAUUGCAUUCUAACUUUUCUGACCUACCAAAUUUAAGAUGUGUAUACAUUGUUCUUUAUGUUGUUCUAGAAAAGAGAUUUUAAUGCUGUAGUGACUUUGCUCACUUACACCAGAGAAAUAAACAACUUUCAAUGGAAGAGGAUUUUAGUGCUUUUUUUUUCCUAAAAUAGAUAUUAAGCUGCUGUUGUAAAGUAUUGUUUGUAACUCUUUCCAAUAUCUAGAGACAUUUUUAUUUAUGAAUAUUUAUACAAAAAGGAAUUCUGUCAAGAUGACUGCUCUAUAUCACUUGAGAAUGGCAUUAUUUAAUUAAAGAACAAAUAGCAUUUUUUGGUAGUGCCUGUCCAUACCUAUUGUCAUUGUUUGCCUUGUAAUCUGUUUUUUUGAAUUCAUUUUGGGCUGAUAGUUUUGUUUAAGGUUUUGGAUAAGGAGCACUUUAAAACAAACUGGUGUGUUGUUUUUAAGUUAAUCAUAUGUUUAAUAAAUAUGUGGUUUUUGCAUUCAAACACAUCAUAUAAUACAUUGUAUUUUUUACAUUCAUUGAUAUUCUGUCUAAUCUUUAUUAGGCACUAAUAUAAUUCUACUGGAUUUGAGUUUGUUUGUAUACUUAGGCCUGCUGGUGAAGACAUAAAUGAAGCAUACUUUUUGUUGCCUGUGAGCUUAGAAUGGUGUGGCCUAUUUCAUUUUAUUUCAAUUUCUCUUGUAAGUUUAUGUGGGAUAUUUUAAAAUAAUUAAUAUUUGGUAUUUAUUUAAAAAAACUGUAAUUAUAGGCCUUCCGUCUUAAGUUUAAAAUAGACAUAAACAGUCUAUACAUUAAUAUGUGUUUGGGUAAACUGUAUGCUACUUAAAGUGUUUGUAAUUUUAAAUAGCACACAGGUCAUCAGACUACUCUAUAUUCAGUGGAGUCUUUACCUGCUCAUAAGUUGUACUUAUGUCUAAUUUGAAAAAAAAAAAAGUUUGAUAAUGUAGUAAGUUAUGAUGUUGAGCAGGUAAUCAAGUUUUUCUUUUUUUUUUUUUUUUUUUUUAAAUUUUGUAGUAAGAACUUGCACAGUAUUAAGACCAUGAAGGUCAGGGUGCUAUUGAUUGGGAAUUUUUUCUGGUAGUGAAUUUUUUUGAAGUAAUAGGUUUAUAGUGAAAACACCAUAACAAGCUUUUGAACUUAUAGAAAAUAAUCACAUCCAUUUUCUGUUGCUUUACCCAAAUAGAUGGGUUCGUGAAGAGUUUUCUGUAAAUAUUUAAAAAAUACAAUGCAAUUAUUUCUGGUUUCUAUCAUUUUUUCCCCCUUGAAACAGGUCCUUGAACAGGUUUGCGGUAUCCCUAAGUAUGUCUUUUGUUAUGACUUGGAGCCACUUUUUGUUGUUAUUGUUAGGAACCAAACACAUCUGUGAAAUCAUUUUUUUGUGGGAGUAUAAAUAUAUCUGGAAUUAUAUCCAGGUUUUGAUCAGUGAAUUGGUAGCAUGAGGAAACCUAUAAAGCUUAAGGGAACCUUGCAUUUUGAGGAGUCUUUUAUUUUCAAGUGUGCCUGACUUUUUUGAAUUUUAAGAAAAAGAUGAACCAUAUAACAAUUCUGUAAGAAUUUUAGCUUGUUAAGUUGUUCUAUACUUUAUAGAAAAAUUAUUGGUUAUUAGUUAUUAGUAGUCCCUUUUUUGCUUUGUCUAGGUCAUGGGGUUAUUGAGAAACAUGAAAAGUUAUUGAGAAAUUUGGAGGUUCUCUUGGCAGCCUAUCAGUGAUCUUCUAAGCAAAAGCAGUGCUUGUUUUUCAUUUCAAGUGCUUGCUCACUAUUCUUUGGGAAUCGCAGGCCUCCAUGACUAAAGGGAUUUUGAUACAAUUCUUUUAUAAAUGAGCUGAAUUUGAAUUUUCUUACAUCAUGUGGGAUUAUUGCAUGAUCUUCAGUCAGGAAAAGUCCAGAAAUGGAUGCUGUUGCUUAAACUUAAAUUCCAAGGCAGGAGAUAAGAGUAUCUUCAUUUCCACAGAUGCCCUAGAAUCUUUGACCUUGAAUUGUAGUUUUUCAGUAUGUAUUAUCACAUUUAGAAAUGUAAAAAUCACAAGAUCUCAGGAAAUGUGUCCUUGUAAUAUGUUAAUACCAGACUACUGUUUAGACUAAUUCCAUAUACAUGAUAAUACCAUUAAUUUGGACUCCGCUAGUUCUUUUAUUUAAUAAGGCACCUCUAGGUCUGUAUUUUGAGCCUUGCGCUGGCUACUUGGUACAGAGGGAGUGUCCUGGCCUGAAAGAAAGCCAGAUUAGGCUGCAGGAGCUCCUUUGAGGAGGUCUCUCUUUUAAUAACCCCGGCAGGUAAAUGAAUGGUAGGUAGUUGGUAGAUAGGCCUUCUUGUUCAUGUCUUUCUGUCUCCCCAAUCCACUCUUUGAAUUCAUGUUGAAUUCUUAACUUGAAAUUCUGUUUUUUUUUUUUUUUAAUUUUAGCUUUCUUUUUAUUAAACUAGCUAAUGUACAUAGUUUGAAAAAAUCAAAUAGAACUAAAAGGUUUAUAGUGAAAAAGUGUAGUUCCCUCUUCCCCAAUUUAGCAUUCCAAAGACAAACACUUGGAACUCUUAAUGGUUUUUGUUAGUAUUUACCUUCCUGUUUGAAAAUGUUAUACUACUUUUUCUUGACUUAUCAAUUUCAGAAACAGUUUCUCGAAUGCCUUUUAUGGUAGACAGGAUUUACUUUACUUAAACUCUCCACCUCCCACAUUUUUCUUCCCCCACCCCUCCCAAAAUAGAUUUAUAUUCACACAACUUUUUGUUAGAACAAACUUUUUGUUAAAUAGAUAGACAUAAAUGUAGUUCACUGAUGUACCACAUGGUUAACUAUCAUUAUUUCCUUUUUACUAGAAUGUUAUUUUUUCUGGGGUUGGUAUUGCCUGAUUUUCAAAUUUGCUUAGUUUUUAAUGUACCUGUCACAAUGACUAUCCAAAGGCUUAAAUGCCAAAAAACAUCAGAUAAUCGUAUCAAUUCCCUUUACUUAAAAAAGUUUUUAAAAAUAUUUUGUCAUCCUUUCAGGACAUUUCUUCCACAGUCCUUCGUCUUCUGCCAUUUGUACUGUUGCCCUCCAGGCCUGUUCCAUGGUUCAGCAGUCAUUCUGAAACUCCCUUUAUUUUGUAGUCUCACAUUAGGUUUUUUUUUUUUUUUUUUUUUUUUUUUUUUUUUUUUUUUUUUUUUUUUUUUUUUUUUUUUGGCAAA